AUGACCUUGAACCCGGUAAUUAUUCUGUCGUUCUCCGUUAUUUCGCCAGAGAAUUCACUGUCCGGUUCUGUCGAUAGUUUAUUCGUGCUGCCGAUUGAAGCAGGACGUAAAUAUUCCUACGUGGAAAUCAAAAUGUUAUCACUCGUGAUCGCGACAGCCGCCGCGCUUUAUAUUCACCGACGUGGUCGAUUCUGGUCAGAUCGCGGAAUUCCUUGCGCUCCAAAUCCGGAGUUUUUUUUCGGUCACGUGCGCGAUCAGCUUACCAAAAGACAUGCCUCGUACGUGCAUCAAGACCUGUAUCGGCAGUUCAAGGCGCGUGGUGAAAGUUUCGCCGGGUACAGCUUCUUCUCCGUACCGGCAAUAAUGACUGUGGAUCCGGAGCUGGUGAAAACUAUUCUGGUGAGGGAUUUUGGAAUAUUUCACGACCGUGGGAUAUUCAACAACCCAAAGGACGACCCGCUGUCGGGGCAUUUGUUUCUGCUGGAGGGACUCCAGUGGAAGGUUCUACGACAGAUGCUUAGUCCGACGUUCACUUCCGGACGGAUGAAGAUGAUGUUCGGCACGAUUAUGGACGUGGCGGAAAAGUUCCGUCAAUUCAUGGAGGAAAAACGCGGAAGGGAGCCGGUGAUCGAAAUGAAGGAGGUGCUGGCGAUGUUCACUACUGACGUAAUUGGAACGUGCGCGUUUGGAAUCAAGUGUAAUACACUGAAUAAUCCCGACUCGGAUUUCUUGAAAUAUGGAAAGAUGGUUUUCGAGCAGAAACUGAGCAUAAUGGCUAAGUUUAUCUUUGCGUCUGUAUUUAAGGACCUGGGACGAGCAUUGGGUAUAAAAUUAGUAGAUUCCGACGUGGAAAGUUUUUUCAUGGGCUUGGUGCGAGAAAGUCGAGAGAAAAAUAACGUACAGAGAAAUGACUUCAUGAACUUGUUGUUGCAGUUGAAGAACAAGGGUAGACUUUUGGACCAAAUUGAAGAAGGUGACCUAGUUGAAUCGAAAGGAUUGACAAUGGAUGAGUUAGCAGCACAGUGCUUUGUAUUCUUCUUGGCUGGAUUUGAAACUUCUUCGACAACGAUGAAUUUUUGUUUAUAUGAGCUGGCGAAAAAUCCAGAUAUUCAGGAGAAAUUAAGGGUUGAUAUUGAAAAAUCGAUAGCUGCCAAUGAUGGACAAGUUACGUACGAUUUAGUGAUGGGACAUCGUUACUUGGACAAUGUAGUUAAUGAAACUCUUCGAAAAUAUCCUCCAGUGGAGAGUCUGAACCGGGUACCGAUAUCCAACUACACGGUUCCAGGAACGAAACACGUACUUCCCCAGCAGACAAUGAUCACCAUUCCUGUCUACGCGAUGCAUCACGAUCCGGAAUACUAUCCGGAUCCGCAACGUUUCGACCCGGAUCGGUUUCUUCCGGAGGCGGUUCAGGCUCGGCAUCCGUACACAUUCAUACCGUUCGGGGAAGGUCCUCGUAAUUGCAUCGGAAUGCGUUUCGGGGUCAUGCAGACCAAAAUUGGGUUGAUCACUUUGCUACGCAAUUUCAGAUUUUCACCAUCACCAAAGACGCCUGAGAGAUUGCUGUUCGAGGUGAAAUCGUUCGUGUUAUCUCCAAAGGGUGGAAACUAUCUGAAAUACGAUAAAAUAUGAGUGGUAAUCAAAAUGUUGCCGCUCUUGUUCGCGGUGGUGGCGCUGCUACUGACAGCCACCGCCAUCUACAUUCACCGCCGACGCCGAUUCUGGUUGGAUCGCGGAAUUCCUUGCGCUCCAAAUCCGGAGUUUCUGUUCGGCCAUAUGCGCGACCAGAUUACUAAAAAGCAUGCUUCGUAUGUGCAUCAAGACCUGUAUCGGCAGUUCAAGGCGCGUGGUGAAAGCUUCGCUGGGUACAACUUCUUUGCCGCACCGGCCAUAAUGAUUGUAGAUCCAGAGCUGGUGAAAACUGUUCUGGUGAGGGAUUUUGGAAUUUUUCACGACCGUGGAAUAUUCAACAACCCGAAGGAUGAUCCGCUUUCGGGGCAUUUGUUUCUGCUGGAGGGGCUCCCGUGGAAGGUACUACGACAGAUGCUGUCUCCGACGUUCACUUCUGGACGGAUGAAGAUGAUGUUCGGCACGGUUUUGGACGUGGCGGAAAAGUUCCGUCAGAUCAUGGAGGAAACUCGCGGAAGGGAGUCGGUGAUCGAAAUGAAGGAGGUUUUGGCGAUGUUCACUACCGAUGUUAUUGGAACGUGCGCGUUUGGAAUCGAGUGUAAUACAUUGAAUAAUCCCGAUUCCGAUUUCUUGAAAUAUGGAAAGAUGGUUUUCGACCAGAAACCUUACAUGAGGGCUAAGUUUAUCUUUGCGUCUGUAUUUAAGGAUUUGGCACGAGCGCUAGGUAUGAAAAUAUUAGAUACCGGAAUAGAAAGCUUUUUCAUGGGGUUAGUGCGAGAAACGGUGGAGUUCCGAGAGAAAAAUAACGUGCAGCGAAAUGACUUCAUGAACUUGUUGUUGCAGUUAAAGAACAAUGGUCGUUUGUUGGAUCAAUUGCAUGAAGGGAAGCUUAAUGAGUCUAGAGGUUUAACAAUGGAUGAGUUAGCGGCACAGUGUUUUGUGUUUUUCAUUGCUGGAUUUGAGACUUCAUCAACAACGAUGAAUUUCUGUUUAUAUGAGCUGGCAAAAAAUCCAGAUAUUCAAGAGAAAUUGCGGGUUGAAAUUGAAAAAGCGAUAGCUGCUAAUGAUGGACAAGUUACAUACGAAUUGGUGAUGGGACAUCGUUACUUGGAUAAUGUAGUCAAUGAAACUCUCCGAAAGUACCCUGCAGUGGAGAGUCUGAACCGGGUACCAAUAUCCGACUACACGGUUCCAGGAACGCAACAUGUCCUCCCCAAGCAAACAAUGGUUACCAUUCCGGUGUACGCGAUGCAUCACGAUCCGGAAUACUACCCGGAUCCGGAACGCUUCGACCCGGAUCGGUUUCUCCCGGAAGCGGUUCAGGCUCGACAUCCGUACUCAUUCAUACCGUUCGGGGAAGGUCCUCGCAACUGCAUCGGAAUGCGGUUCGGAGUCAUGCAGGCCAAAAUAGGGUUGGUCACUUUGCUACGUAAUUUUAGAUUUUCACCAUCAUCGAAGACGCCCGAAAAGCUUGUGUUCGAGGUUAGGUCGUUGGUGUUAUCACCCAAAGGUGGCAACUAUCUGAGAUUCGAUAAGAUAUAA